CUAGGUAAAAGAGCAGGUGGGUGGGCAGGGUGAGCCUGUGGAUGAGUCUGUGCAUGUGUCCGUAUGUAUGUGGGAGUCCCUGCGAGUCUGGGAGAGUUGACACAGGGCGCGGAAGCCUGCGGUUCCAGCUGGGCAUCAGUCAGCGCCGGCCGGCCCGGGCACCAUGGGCUCCAUCUCCAGGAAGGACCUGAAGGCGGCACUGGAGGUCUUCGCCAUUUUCCAGUGGGCUCUGAGCGCCCUGCUCAUUGUUUUAUUCGUGUCCUUUUUCCACCUGUACCUGGUGGUGUUCACGCCCUACUGGCAGCUGACCGUGCUCACGAUUUUGUGGCUGAUUUUUGACUGGAAGACUCCUCAGCGAGGUGGCCGGAGGUCAGAGUGGGUGAGGGGCUGGUGCCUCUGGAAACAGUACAGAGAUUACUUUCCACUCAAGCUGGUGAAGACUCACGACCUAUCCCCCAGACAAAAUUACAUCAUUGCCAGUCACCCCCAUGGACUCUUGGCCCACAACUCCUUCUGCCACUUUGCCACCGAGGCCUCCGGCUUCUCCCGGAUUUUCCCUGGCAUCACCCCGUACAUGCUCACCUUGGGAGCCUUCUUCUGGAUGCCCGUCCUCAGGGAUUAUGUGAUGUCUAGUGGAGCAUGCUCUGUGGGCCAAGCCUCCAUGGACUACCUGCUGACCGGCAAAGGCUCGGGCAACGCUCUGGUGGUGGUGGUGGGCGGCCUGGCCGAGUGCCCUUACGCCAGGCCGGGCUUCUCCACGCUGGUCCUGAAGGAGCGGAAGGGCUUUGUGCGCAUGGCCCUCCGGCACGGGGUGGCCCUGGUCCCCACCUACUCCUUUGGAGAAAACGAAGUCUACGAUCAGCACAUCUUCACCCCCGGAGGCUGGGUCAACCGCUUCCAGGAGUGGUUCCAGAGCCUGGUGCACGUCUACCCUUGUGCUUUCUAUGGCCGGGGCUUCACCGAGAACUCCUGGGGCCUUCUGCCUUACCGGCGGCCCAUCACCACCGUCGUUGGGGAGCCCCUACAGGUCCCCAAGAUCGAGAACCCGAGCCGCGACGUGGUGGACGAAUACCACGCCCGGUACAUCAAGGCCCUGCGGAAGCUGUUCGACGAGCACAAGGUCCAGUACGGGUUCCCGGAGACCCAGGAGCUGACGAUCAUCUGAAAGCCACCCGCCUGCCAGUGCCCCUGCGGAGGAGGGAGAUGUGGAGGCAGCAGGCGAGAACACGCAUGGAGGGGAGCUGUGGGAGGAUUUGGGGGACUUAGAGACUCGGGGAGGGGCCAGACAGGGGCCGAGAGAGCCACGUGACCAUUUCCGUUCCUCACACCUGACUCCUGAAGCUCCAACCUCGGGCUUACGGAGGCAGGGAAGCGGCAGGGGGCCAGGCGAGGCACGGGCGGCUCAAUAGGGAACUCAGGGUUUCUCGUGUGGGGGUGGCCAGCAAACCCACUGGACAGCCAAUAAAAAAUGCCAACUGAAA